AUGAAACCUUCAACACACACAUCCACACACACUCACCCUGAACACAGCUCUGCCUGCCGUCAUCCCCUCUCGCCUCGCAAGCGCAGCGCUGACAGCGGAUCGCGCGUGCAGUGCGCGUGGAGGUGGCCGAGGUGGCAGGCUACAGGCUCCCGCUGUUGGGGGUUCCUGAGUCUGGUAUUCGUGGUUCGCUGUGCGUGGGACUGGUACCGCUCCUCUACCCCCCUCCUCCUCGUCAUCAUCAUCAUCUUCUUCCUCCUCCUCCUUAUUGCCGCACAGCCCCGCACCAACGCGACCCGAAGGAUGCUCCAGGUGACGAGGCAGCGCCGUACGGUGGUGGCCAUCGCGCUCAACGUACUGGCGCUGGGCUUCUCGAGCACGGCGUUCCUCUCCACCUACUGGUACCAGGGCAUCCACAAGGUGGUGAAGCCCAUCUGCAACCCCGAGCGCGGCCAGCACGUGAACUGCGUGCACAUGAACGGCACCACGGUGGGCGGCGAGGAGAUGCUCGUGGCCACCGCUGCCACCGGCGGUGGCAUCAAUGCGUCGCUCGGAGGCCCGGCGGGCGCCGUGAACUAUAGGAGUGUGCACGUGGUCCACUACACGUGGGACACCGGCGACGACAAGUACGCCUACCGCUUCUUCCACACGGGCUUCUGGCUGUCGUGCGAGGAGAACAUCUACAAAGAAGGCGAGCAGUGUCGCAGCUUCGUGGAUCUCAUCCCCUCCGCCGAGCGCGGCGUGCUGUGGCUGGCCAUCACGUCCGAGGCCCUGUACAUCUGCCUGCUGGCGAUCGGCUUCAUCCUGAUGUGUCUCGAGCUAUGUCAGCAGCGCAACAUCGUUGGAGCGCUGCGGCUCAACGCGUUCGCGUCGGUGUUCACCGUGCUGGCCGGUCUGCUGGGCAUGGUGGCCCACAUGAUGUACACCACCGUGUUCCAGGUGACGGCGCACCUCGGGCCUGAGGACUGGAGGCCCCAGAGCUGGGACUACGGCUGGUCCUUCUGCCUGGCCUGGAUCUCGUUCACCUGCUGCAUGGCGUCCUCGGUGACGACGCUCAACACGUACACCAAGACUGUCCUCGAGUUCCGCCACCGCCGCAAGGUCUUCCAGCAGAACCUGCGAGAGAGAGACGUCUUCAUGGACCCCGAGGUCCUGCUCGGCCUGUGGCCCGGCACGGCCAAACGCUGCAACCCAGAUGAAGGAGACUUGGAGCUGGGCAUCAGAUCUGCGGCGGCCGCCCUCACCGAACACUGCGGGGACUCCCACACCUCGCGGCACCCCGACCACGGGCCGCCCAACCUGUGGCCCGGCAGCGUCACGGCGCUCCGAGGGGCGGCCGAGGCCGUCAUCCUGGCCCACGGACUGCAGCCCUCUGACGGUGGCGCUGGCAGCGGCGGUACAAGCCGCGUGCAUCACGGCCCCGGCGUGGCUACGAACCGGAGGAACGCUCCACGGGAGCCGUUCCCGAGCUGCGGCCGGCACGCACUCAGGGAGGCGGCCGAGGCGCUGGCCCACGGCUCGAUGGAGAGCGAGCGGGGCCCGCACGGCGUGUUCGUGAACCCCCAACGCCAAGCCUCGGUCGAGGACAACGUCUACUGAG